AAAAAUUAAUUUUAAAAGAAAAAUAUUAAAUAAGCUCAUUUUAGUGGAAUUUUUGCCUAAAAGUUUAUCCCUCUUAGAAAAACUGCGUCGUUAUUUCAUUUUCUGAUGUUUUAUUGUUUUUCUCCGCCAAACGGAAACUGGUACUUCGUUGCCUGUCGUCACUUUUCGUCAGAAGAAAGAGACAGAUUUUGAAAUCACCAAUGUCCACAGCUUCCGACAACAUUUCACAGUAGCCGAAGUACUUAGCAGGCAAAAAUAAUGUGCUUUGAAGCUUUCCUCGCAGGAUAAACGCACAAAAAAGCUAGGUAAGUUAAUAUUCUUUAUAACUUUUGCUUUUUUAAAUAUAAAAAGAUGUUUUGAUGCCUUUAGGGUGCGUUAGAAUAUAGCCAAUAUAAAAUUAUCUACCGGCUUAUCGCUCGACUUACUUGCCAGCAUGGCGCUUUAUUUCCAUGCAACCAAAAUUUAUUAUCAAAUAAUUUUUUUUGCGGUCGUGUUGUUAAAUAUUUAUAUAAAGUUUUGUAACUUUAUGUGUUAACCUUGUUAAACAAAGCUGUAGUUUUAAAGGAAAUACAGUAUUCGCCAAUGAAUAGCCGACAGACAUAAGCUAUUUUAGUUUAUGAUGAUUCAUAUUUGUAUAUUUUGUGUUUGCCUCCCCAGCGAAUGUGGUUUGAAUUAUGUUAUAUAUAGAGUCCCUCUUUAACAAUCAACAAACUAAUGACAUAUAUGGCCUUUAUUUAGUCAAAUUAUUAUUAUAUUACUAUAUAGAUAUUAUACUAUCUAGACAACAAUAUUUCAAGCAAACCGAUUUAUCGGGUUUUUGUUGUGCAAACAAAGAGUUUCGCUUACCGCCUGUAGUUAGUGUUUUGUCAAAAACAAAGACAUCAGGGUAGUGUAACUUCGUCCAAAAUAAGGCUUUAAAAUAUCCGAAACAUCAUCACUAUUUUAAGAAAUAGAAUAUAAAGUUAUUCAAAAUACUUUUCAUUCCAAAAUUAUUAGGGUAUAUAUUCUAAUUUGUAGGUUUUGAAAGCAAAACCGCCGUGUGUCUUUAAUAUACACAUAUAAUAACUUCCUAUAUUGGACCUUUCACAGAAAAUAUUGCCCACCCUGACAAUAUUUAGUUUAUAUUCAUCAUUUUAUACUAGAGUGUGUUGUUUGCAAAUGUAACUCGAUACCCUAACCGCAAUACUAAUGAACAAUUAGAAAUAUUUACAUGAUUAUUGAAUUCCAGAAACAGAUAAUUAAGUGCAUGGCGUGUGUUCUUUGAUGGUGCAUAACUAAUUAAGUUUUAAAUGAAUACUUGAAUUUAUGACAUUAAAAUAUUCCGAACAAACUUGGAAUGUUUCAAUGUUUUGAGAAACACAAGUGGCUAACAGCUCUUGUAUUUUUUUUGCAAAGCUUUAACACUAUGAAGAUUUAUGUUUUGUAAUCUAGCAUAAAUCCUGUAAUAAGCCCCCGCUCUGUCACAAGAGCUUGAUUAUAUCAGAUACCUUCUAAGGCAUUUUGUGUUGGAAGGGGCCUUCAUAAAGAAGAAGGCUUAUCAAUUUUAGGGUCAUUUUGCCACAGAAAUAUUGAUGAGCUUGUUGAUCACAAUACAGUUCAAUGAAAAUGAAUACAGUCAAUCUGUUCACAUGUAUGUAUUUUAAAAGGAAAAUUACUUAACAGGGAUGGGCAAUGCAUUUCUUCCUGUAUAAAAAAGGAAAGAGCUUAUUUUAGAGAAGUGCUAAGUAUAUGAUUGGUUUAUAAGAAAUAAAGGUAUCAAUAAAGAGCCGUGUUGCUAGGGUAUAUUUUGUAAGAUUUUUUUUCAAAUUAUAUAGGCUCUUUUUCUCUUAAGAAAUUGUUUGGAGUUGUUUUAUACACACAUAAAAACUACAUCUUAUCAUGUGUUUGUAACGACAGAUGUUUUUAAUGAGAAGCAGUGAUAACAUAAUGACAGAUUGACUCCUCUGGCUGGUUUGGUGUGAUUCUGUGAAAAUUUUUACAUGGGAAAUGUAGUGUUGUUAAAACUGAGAUGUGCCAUAUAAUUAACAGAAUUUUGUAGUCUUUGUUUAAUCCAGGUCUUGGUAGAUCAAAUUCAAGUACUAGAAACAUGACACAUUCAAAAUAUUGAUGGGUGAUUCACUAUUUCUUGUAGGUAGUUUUAACCAACUGUAUAAGCUUUAAACAGUGCAAUAAUGACGGCAAAAGAUACAAGACUACCGCGACUUAUCCAGGCUGCGGACCGUGGCUUUCUGCUUGCCACGGUGAUCAGACUUCAUGGCUACAAGGUCGUACAGCAGUCAAUGCUUGAGAAAACUGUCAAUCCUGAACUGAAGACUAUGUUGUCGAUUGGUGACGAAAUAUAUCAUGUCUGUUCGCCUGUCUUUAAAAUCGAAGACGAGGCUCAUGUUUGGAAACUGAAGUUUGAAGAAUACAGCGAAUCAAAAGAAUCGUCAGAACCUGAAGCAGACUCGGUCUUUCUUGGGGAUAUCAGGUUUAAGACUCGGAAAGUUGACGUCACCGGGGAUCCUAGUGGAUCGCAGUUGAGACAAUUGUGUCAGAAGGGGAUCAUGGAGGACAUUCAGAAUGUGAUAAAAAACUCGGACUUUAAUAAUGUCUUGUUGAAUCUUUGUGAUGUUCCCUACCCAAGACCUGAAGAUCUCUGCGAUAAAGCUUUCUCAAAUUCCCUACUCAAACUUCAGAGCAUAAACAAACUGUUGGUUGUUCACCCAAAGGUCGAUGCUGAGGACUGCGGAAUUAAAUCAGGACUUGAGGGAACCUGGAAUCGUUACUUGGCAACCGACUUGGUUUGCCUUCAUUGGAAAAAAGAGGAAUGUCAGUUUACAAUAUUUGAAAAGAAAUUUCUAAAACAUGUUGUCAAGAACGGUUUCCGUGAUAGUGUGGUAAAGGACGUAGCAUCUCUGCCAGAAUGUGAACAAGAAUCCUCAGCCGAAGCAGCGAAGCCAGAGUGCGAAAUCGCAAAUGAAAAGGAGGAAGGAGGGAAGACAAAGGAAGCAGAAAAAUUGGGACCAGAAGAAAAGAAAACUGUCAAACGAGUUGUGAAGAAAGAUGACAAAUCAUCGUUAAAAAAAGAAGAUAAAACGUUGAAAAAGGACACACUUAAGAAGGAACUAAAAACGAGUAAGAGUGAUUCGGUGCUAAGAAGGGAGCCGAGAUUGCCAAAAACCGAGACAACAGCAGCCAAGAGGAAUUCCAAAGUAUUCAAAACCGAUUCAAGGUCGUUGAAAAGUGAUGUGAGCCCUAGUCCUAGAUCAACACUCAAGAGGGAUCAAAAAUUAACCAGCCCGAAGACCGCCGGCGAUGACCGACGGUUGUCGAUGAAAUCCGAAGCUAAAACGACUAAGAACGGACAGAAAGUAACAAAAAAGGCGCCCGUUCCAUUGCCACAAAUGACACAGAUCUCCGAUGUAAAAGAAGUAGAAAACGAUGAAAAUAAAUUUGAAAAGUACAAGGUGAAAAUGCGUGAGACUUAUACAAACUUAGCGAAUGCGUAUAAAACGUACAAAAGCCAGGACAGUCCACUGUUGGCCGAGAUUUUUACCCACCCUGUAUUCCGAGGCGUUUGUCUUACUAUGGUUCUGUUCGCGUUUUACUUCCUAUCAACUGAGAUUUUAGUCACCCUACUUCUCCUGGCUGCCAGUAUAUGGUACAAGUACGGCUCCAAGGAACCGGAAUUUCAGAAAUACACGCGUUCCACCGACCCGCGUGUGCUCGCGUUCCGUGGCAUGUACGAAAGAGAAAUCGAGAAACUACACUACGCGAAGGAUCUGGAUCGAAUGCGUGAUGUUCACGUGCAGCUGAAGGAAAGCGUAUUGAAUGCGUAUGCCGUGACACGUGUGGCACAAGGGGACACGAUUGGUAUUAAGGAACACGAGGUGUUAGAGAGAGAACUUGAGUUGACAUUCAAGGAAUUUGUCACAGCAAAUGAUGUGAAAUCACUGCUCCACGAGGCUCAUCAUACUAGCUUUAUUUUAGCUUUUACAAUCUUCCUUUACCUCGCAUCACGUCUGGUGUACCUUGCCUUGGGCAAAAUAUGGCGUCCCGUCCGUACUGGAGCGAUAAUCGUGGCGGGAAUUCUGCUCUGCUUUGCUCUUUGUAUCAUCUCGAAUUUUCUACUCACAUCUUUCAUCUCGCGGCGGUUGGUAGGCUCUGCCGAAAUGUUAUCGGUCAUUUUCGGUCUCUGGUUUGUCACCGACGUCACUGGAUUCCUGAUCGAGAUCCGAGCAUGCAUCGAUCACGUGACUGGUGUAAUUUGGCGGGAAUGUGAGCUGGAGAGAUGUAUUAUGAAAACACCGAGUUAUUUGGUAGUGAAACUCGCAUUGGACUGCGCUGUUCUUCUCUCCUUGUUCCCUCUCGCCUAUUUCGCCUCCUGCAUUUUGUCCUGUUUCUCCGUAUCGAGUUACACAAUAGUAUCAUUCUCGCGAUUUUUCCCCCCUAUCGGGAUUCUGUUACGGGUAUGUACGCGUCUCGCGUUCCUCGGUGAAAUACUACGCGUGGCCAAUUUGAUAAUGUUUGCCAGCCUGGCGUCGAAGUUUUACGGUCUGCAUAACAAGAAGGAAGAUCCCCUGGAUUCGUUCUUAUAUCGACGAGUUGGUUACGAUAUGGGCUGCCUGACCGAAUAUAUAUGGAAAGGAAUUGUUAAAUAUAUUAAUGAUUUGAAUUAAUCUUGAUCGAAAAAUGUGGAAAGGAGAGCAAUUUUAAUUAAGCCUGGUUUCGAAAUGGUCGUAAAAAUAGAUUCACGAUCUUUCUCAACGCCCAGUUUAUAAUAGUUUAUACCUGUAAACCAAAGUAUUCUCCAAUUAUAAUCACUCUCACGUAUUUUCAGUUCUAAGAUGUUGUAUUUCGGCUGAUGAGAAAGAUCGUGACUUAAUCUUUACGACCGUUACCACCAUAUGGAAACCAGGUUUUAGAUUAAAUUUUCCAGGCCCAUUAAUAAUACUACGCACGUAAAAAUGUCACAACUUGUCAACAAGAUGUGUUCGCAACAGGCUUGUAGCAAGCUUGUCAACAAGUUGUAACAAUGCUGUUAUUUUAUCAAAUUGCUACAAGGUUGUCACUCACAACUUGUUGACAAAUUGAUGAAUUGCAGGACGAUAACAAGUUGUUGGAACAACUUGUAACAAGUCUGUUGAGCUCAACAACCUUGUAGAAAAUUGCCAAUAAGCCUUUGACAAUUUGUCAACAAGCUGGGAACAAGCAGUGCGAACACAUCCUGUUGACAAGUUGUUGGAACAGCAUUGCUACAAGUCUGCUGCAGGUUUGUUUUUACAACUUGUGCGUUUUUACGUGUGUAUAUAAUAAUUUAAUCAGAACUAAAGAUAAUAUUGACCGUUUAGUAAUAAUGAAAAAUGAGCAUGUCUUGAAUUAGGGGCGGACCAUUGGAAACAUGAAGAGUUCGGCCGUUCCAAUUUUGUUGCGGAAUUUUAAAGGUAUUUUUUCUUUGCAUUCCUCUUUUCCCGAAUUUUUUCCCUUUUGUUCACGUUUGACAACCGCCCCCUCAUCACUUUUCUCAUGGUCCGUCCCUUUGCAUUUUUUCCGUUUGAAAUUCAAACCUUGGAAUAUAGAAAAAAAUAACUUACUAAUUUCACUAACUAAUUUUAAGUCCGCAAACCACACGAGUUCUUCGUGUGCACCGUAGCUUAGGUUAAGCAAUCCUAGAAUUAUUCUUACAUGUUCUCAGAAUUAUCGUACGUGCUGAAAAUUACAGACAAUGAGAAGAAAUUACCAACAAUUUAGGGGACUGUCCGUGUAACAAUAGUUAUUAAACUGAACUGUUUGAAAAUUUACGAUUGUAAAAUAAUAAGAAACGGGUUUUUUCCAGAUGUAAAGCUAUGUUGCCUCUUGUGAAUUUUGGAUUUACUGGUCAGGGAUUACGCAAAAG